AGAUCAACAUAAUAGGAAGUGGAAAUAGAACUAUACCUCACACUCACCCUAUGUCUUCUUCAUCCAGUAGCUCUGUAGAUGAGAAAAAAAGGAAGAGACAAUUGCAUGAGGCAAUAUCUGGAGUGGAAUUACCUUCAACCAGUGCCCUACCAUCAGCAAAGAAACAAAAGUUAUCAAAACGAAUCAUAGAGCAGGACGACACAAGUGGAUCACAGGUAUCUGCAGAGACACAGAACUUCAUUGCAAAGAAGCUGGGCCAUCUCCUUGACAAACAGUAUGAAGUGUCCACUUGUGCAGACUCUCCAAUGCAACCACACUCUACAGUAUCAUGCAUAAAGCUACUAAGUGACUCCACACAACCUAUCUCCCUCACUCAACCACCACCGCAGCAAGUUAGUAGACAGACUCCCAAAGCUACAGAUUUCAGUGAUACCAGCAGUGAAUCAGAUACUGAGAAUUUAAGACUAAAAGAAGCUGCUAUUGAUCCUCGAACAUUAAUAGGCUAUCGUUAAUUAUCGUGUUCUCCCUAAA